UUUACCAUCCAAACAAUUUUUAUAUUUAAAUAAACGUAACCAAUAUAUAUAUUAUAUCUCAACAAUAAACAAAUCUAAGCAUGCCAAUCGAAAAAGCUGUUCCUUUGGUUUUAACCAAUCACUUUCUUCCAAUAAACUACGCUUUGAAUCUUGUUAUUAACUACCAAAAAGCAAAUUUUCAAGGUGAAUUAGCCAUUAACCUCACUAAAAAUGAGAACAAUCACUCAACACCUAAAGUUACUUCAAUUACUUUAAAUUGUUCAAAUAUAAUUAUCAUAUCUUCGGUUUUCAAUUAUAAUGGCAAAUCAGAAAAGGCUAAUAUAGCUUAUGAUAGGGAUAAUGAAAGAGUCACCCUAUCAAUUAACAAUAUCGUUCCAAUUGAUGAAAAAUUUCAAAUUCAAAUCAAAUAUAUGGGUAGAAUUAGCAAAAUCAAAACCUACCAAGAUCCUACAAAAGGAAUUUUUCAAACAAAUUUUCUUGAUGAAGAAUCUGGCUUAGCCUCUAACCAGAUCAUUGCAACUCAGUCUCAAGCUUCUUUUGCAAGAUUCAUAUUCCCAUGUCUUGAUGAACCUUCUCAUAAGGCUUCCAUUGAGCUAUCAAUAACAACUGACAAGAGAUUUUUGUGUGCAAGCAGUAUGAAUCAAUUGCAAAAAAAUCUUGUCAGUGAGGACAAUGUUAAACACAUUUUUAAGAAAACUCCUUUGAUCGCUACAUCAGUUUUUGGUUUUGCAUUGGGUGAUUUUGAUUAUGUUGAAAAGUCAUUAAAGCUAUUAAACAAUGAAAGUUUUCCUUUAAGAAUCGUUAUUCCCAAGGGCCAAUUGAAUGACUCGCAUUAUCCUCUUAAUUUGACUUCAAAAUCUUUGCCGAUUUUGGAGAAGAUGUUGGGAUUCGAUUUUCCUUUGCCAAAAUUAGAUAUCGUAUUUUUGCCAUUUUUAUCUGAUGGUGCGAUGGAGAACUGGGGAUUAAUUUUCAUCCAGUCAACUUUAUUAACACAAUCUCAAGAUCAGUUGGAACAAGUGAUCAUCCAUGAACUAGUUCAUCAAUGGUUUGGAAACUUAGUAACUUUGGAUGAAUGGCACCAUUUGUGGCUAAAUGAGUCUUUUGCUACAUGGAUGGCAAAUCAAGUGAUUAACAAAAUGAAUAACAGCCUGAAUAUAUGGACUGAAAAAAUAGAGGAAAUGGAAUCUGUGAUGGAGCAAGACUCUGUUUUCGAAAAAGAUUUAUCGAUUAAUAGCACUGUUUUUAUGCUCAGCUCAAAUUACAAAGAGAUUAAAUCUACUCAGGAUAUUUUUGAAAAUUAUUCGUAUGAAAAAGGCAUUUUUUUGCUUAGGAUGUUAUCAAAUAUAUUUCAAAAUGAGAAUUUUUUAGAUUCAGAUAUUAAUAAAUUUUAUGAACAUAUAAAACUAUUUUUGGAAAGGGAAAAAUUUAAAUCCUUUAAACCAAUUGAUCUCUGGAAAUUUUUAAAUCCAUUUUCAGAUUAUGAUAUUCAAGGUUUUAUGAAUACUUGGACUAGAUUACCUGGUAUUCCAAUUGUUUUAGUUGAUUCAUUAGAAGAUGGUAAAAUCAAGGUGGAACAACACCGCUAUAUCAAACCUACUGAACAAGUAUCUUUAGAUCAGCUAAAAUUAACUGAAGAUAUUCCCUUUCAUAUUCCAUUAGCAAUUAAAUUAAAAAACUCCAAAUUCGAUCGAUCAUUAUUAACAGACCGAAAACUAGUAUUGGAUUUGAAAAAAGAGAAAUUUUUGAAAUUAAAUGCAAAUAAAAUUGGAUACUAUAGGGUCAAGUAUAAUAAUGUAAGUUUUUAUGAUUGCUUAUCUGCGUCCAUCAGUGAAUUGAGCAGUUUGGAUAAUAUUAAUUUGCUUUUGGAUAUAGAGGAAUUUUUGUUUAGCAAUUCCCAAUAUAUAAAAGAGAAAGAUAUUGAAAUUAGAGGAUUUUUUAAAUUAAUUAAUUUUUAUGUGAGACAAGAAAAAUUUAAAGAAAAAGUUGAUUAUAAGGUUUUGAGCGUUUAUUUAAGAAUAUUGCAAAAUAUCGACACUGCUAUCAGAUUUUAUUCAACAAGAAUCAAUUUGAAUGGAUUUCAAAAAUGGUUAGACGAUAUAAUGUUAAAGUUGUAUUUGAAUAUUGGGGAAUGGCCAAUCAAUUAUAAUUUGAAUAUUAACUCAUUGGCAGAGAUUGAGAGUAGAAAGUUUAUUAUGAUGUUAGGUGUAAAUGUUGAUGAAAUUAAUGGAUAUUGUAGAAAAUUGUUUAAAUCUUUGAACCAUGGACCCAAAAAUUCAGUUCCCAAAAAUUUAGUUGCUCCAGUUUUAAAUAAUUUAUCAUUUAACUCAAAUAGCGAGAAAGAAUUCAAGAAGAUUUUGCAAUUGACUACAAGAUCAUCAUCGAUUCUUGUAAACAAUAUCAGUGAGUCUAAUGCCAACGUAUUAGAUAUUCAAAAUUCUGCUAUUGGAUCUUUAGGAUUCACUAAAGACCUCGAUAUUUUUGGGAAAAAGGUGUUAAACUUUGUUAAAACAAAUUUCGAUUCAAAAGGGAUAGAGUUGGCACUCAUUGGAACUAAUUAUAAGAAACAAAGCAAAAAAGUUGAAAUCUUAUGGAAUUGGUUAAAAUUAAACUAUAAAGGAUGGUACCCUAAAACAUUGAGAGAAGGGUCAGAAUCUGGUAAAGAAAUAAGCAUUAAGUUGAAUAAUAUUAUUGAAAUUGUAUUUAAAGCGAAGUAUAUGAAUGGAAGCGUAAGUGAUGUGGACGAGUUUAUUAAGAGAGAUAAAAGUAGCAAAUUAAAAGAAAUCUAUAAAGAAAUAAAAGAAAGCCAGAAAGAUUUGGCUGAAAUUGGAAAAAGCAUAACUGGAGAUUUUUGGAACUGAUCAAUCUGCAAUCGUCUCGAUAAAACUAUCAAACACAAGUGGGCCUACACUAACUGGAUAUAGAGGCUCAAUUGCAAUUUUGCUCUUGUUUUUGUUAUAUAUGGUAUUAGUUUGGGGAUUUACAAUAUUUUUUGAAUAGUUUAAUACCCAAUUAUUGUCAUUUUUGUUGAUAUGUGCUUCACCUGUAGUUUCUAGAAAUAUUUCAAAAGUAGAGCUCUCAUCUGCAUUUGGGUCUCUUUUGUUCUUAUCGUCUAUCACUGAUAACAACUGAAAAACAUAGGCUCUAAAAUUCUCAUAAAUAAUAUCCCAGGUUAAAUUGAACUCCUUUGACAAAGUUUUCUUUAUGAUCUUCGGAUCAUUAACGACAUAAAAAUUAUUCAAAUCAAUAACGAGUCGUUCGGUUAUUUCCUUUUUUUCUCUGUUUUUGAAAAUCACCAAAGAGAGUCGCUGGAAAUUGUUUUUGUUUUUGGGGUCGUUGGGUGUUAAAUUG